UAAUUAAAUACUUCCGCGCGUCGUCGUUGUUGUUUGUGUCGCCGCGCCAGUUUUUCCAUUGCGUGCUCACUCGCCCCGCCGCAUUGACGUAUACGUCACACACACACACGCUCACAUUCACUCAGCAGGCAGGCAUUCAGUCCGUCAGACAAGCGUACGUAUGUACAUCUGUACAUAUAUACAUACUUAAAAACGUACUCACUCACUGACUCACGCAUACUCGCAUACUCAACAGACGACGGCACGCAUACAUAUGAACAUAUACAAUCUCUCAACUCGGUUGUUCCUGCUCUCGUUCUCGCAAUAACUACUCUCGCUGUGUUUUGGGUCCCACUGCUGUUGUAGUGUCUGUCUCAGUCAUUUGUCAAUGCCUCUCUGUCUGGCCGCCGCAUUCGUUUUGUUUGUGUAUUAAAAAGGGCCGCCGAGAAGUAAGAAGCAGAGACGCGAUAGCAGCGCACCAGAGAGCAACUAAACAACAAAAAUAAUAAUAAAAAAUUAUAUAUUGUGUUUGCAUGCGAAUUUAGACAUCCCCUAAAUAAGUGUAUAAUAAUAAUAAUAAACAAUAAUCAUUUUGUCAAUCAAGUGUAGAUUUCAAAGCGAACAACCAAUAACAACAACAAAUGCAAAAUCAAACAAUCUUAACAACAAAAAUAAAGCAAGAAAGCUGAUUCUACAAAAUAAACAGAAAGGAAACCUAAGCGAUAAAAAUUUUGCAAAGGCGCCAAUUGAAAGUGCAAUACAAAGUUGAAACGCAACGUUUCACACCAGUUGAAAGAAAGUGUUCAAUUUGGAAAGCGACAUUAAACAAAUACUUGUUAAUCUCUUCGAAUUCAGUGAAGAGUAUCAACGCAUCAAAAUCUCGAGCGCGCGCGUUUUCCCCCAAGAUAUUUUAACAAUCGUUUUGUUCUCGCAUCUCGUGUGCCCGUGUGCAAACUUAGUGUCAACGUUCCUUCGUCAUAAAUAAAAUAUUACCAAAACACACACACAUUUGAACACACAUCUCACACCAACUCUCUCACACACACACAGCACAUAUAGUCUUGCAUUAACGUGAUUUGUCGCCAUAUCCGUUUGUGCAACGUCUAACAUUUGAACAACCCAGAACAACCCACGUGCAAUUGAAAUCCAACUUCUAUUCUAUACAAGUGAAUCAAGGCUCCGGCCCGACACCAUCAAGAUUUUCACGAAAAGAACUCUGUUCAACACGGAGGCUUCGCUCAAUUUCAACACGGCGACCACAAUGCCCUAUAACGGUGCUAGCAACGGCAGCGGAGUCGGUGGUGCCGUAGCAGGAAGCAGUGUCAGCGGUGGCGGGGCCACCAUCGUCGUCAGCGAGGGACCCCAGAACAAAAAGAUACGCACCGGCGUUCAACAGCCCGGAGAGAACGACGUCAACAUGCAUGCUAGGUCCACACAAAAUCAGAGUCAGCAGCAAGCACUUAUGAACAAGUCAAACGACGACCUAAGGAGAAAGCGUCCUGAGACUACACGGCCAAAUCACAUUCUACUCUUCACUAUCAUAAAUCCCUUCUAUCCCAUCACAGUUGAUGUCUUGCAUAAAAUUUGCAAUCCACAUGGCCAAGUGCUGCGCAUUGUCAUCUUCAAAAAGAAUGGCGUUCAGGCCAUGGUCGAAUUCGAUAGCCUCGAUGCCGCAACACGUGCUCGCGAGAAUCUCAAUGGAGCCGACAUCUAUGCCGGUUGCUGCACUCUAAAAAUUGAUUUUGCCAAGCCAGAGAAAUUGAAUGUUUAUAAGAAUGAAACAGACACCAGCUGGGAUUAUACCCUGAGCACAGGUGAGAUUCAACCAAUUGCAACUAUACAAACACAACAUCGCAACAACAACCACCACCACCACCACCACAACAACAAUCAACAACACCACCACCAACAACAACAACAACAACAUCAUCAACACCACCAACAACACCAUCAACAACAACAACUUGUUGCCCCAGCUCAAACGCACAAUCUUGUUCCAUUUAAAGAGCCACCACUAUUGGGACCAGGCACCGCCUUCCCGCCAUUCGGCGCACCCGAAUACCAUCCCACCCAGCCGGACAACUGGAAAGGCGCCGCUAUCCAUCCAACUGGCCUCAUGAAGGAGCCCACCGGAGUCGUUGCCGGCCGCAAUGCGCCAGUCGCCUUUGCCCAGCAGGGCCAAGCUCAGGGCGCUGUCAUGAUGGUCUAUGGCAUGGACCAUGACACUUCCAACACAGAUAAGCUCUUCAAUUUGGUCUGCCUGUAUGGCAAUGUCGCACGGAUCAAGUUCUUGAAGACAAAGGAAGGCACCGCCAUGGUACAAAUGGGCGAUUCGGUGGCCGUUGAGCGUUGCGUGCAACAUUUGAAUAACAUUCCCGUUGGCACUGGCGGCAAAAUACAGAUUGCAUUCUCAAAGCAGAACUUCCUGUCGGAGGUGAUCAAUCCAUUCUUGCUGCCGGAUCACACCCCCAGCUUCAAGGAGUACACUGGCUCCAAAAACAAUCGUUUCCUAUCACCGGCCCAGGCCAGCAAGAAUCGCAUCCAACCACCGAGCAAAAUCUUGCACUUCUUCAACACACCGCCCGGUCUCACCGAAGACCAGCUCAUUGGCAUAUUCAACAUCAAGGAGGUGCCAGCCACAUCGGUGCGUCUGUUCCCAUUGAAGACGGAGCGUUCGUCGUCGGGUCUGAUCGAAUUCCCCAACAUCUCGCAGGCUGUGCUCGCCAUCAUGAAGUGCAACCAUCUGCCUAUUGAGGGUAAAGGCACCAAAUUCCCAUUCAUCAUGAAGUUGUGCUUCUCAUCGUCGAAGAGCAUGAACGGCGCCUGGAAUAAUGCGGCCAAUGAGGGCAUGAUCGAGAAGGAGAAUGACGGCGAUAUCAAGGUGGAGAUUUACAAUUGAGAUUUGAUUACCAUUGUGUAAGCAACAACAACAACAACCAGCCCAGAUUGCAACACACAAUACAUAAGAAAACAAACAACUAUAACAACAAGAGCAUGAAUGCAGCAACUUUGAAGAUGGAGGAGUAAACAAAAAAAGGAGGCGAAAUAGCAUUGGAUGGGAAGAGAAACGAAGAAGCAGAGGAGAAUGAGGACACAUCGGCAACAAUAAUAAAUUUAGUAAUUGUAGCGCAAAAACAAUUGCGAAAUUGAAUGAUGAUUGGAAUACAUAUUGAUAAUAUUGAUAUAUGAUCAGAGGGCAGUCUGCACUCUGCAAGAAGAAAAACCAACACUGGGGAUUACAAAUUAAUGAUAAAUUGCAAAUAUAUAACACAUACACAUACACACACACACUUAUACAUUAAAAACUACAACUUAAAGCUAAUAUUUAAAAUCUUAAAACAAUUCGCAAACGCAUGUAACUUUUCUACGCGCCAUUUACUUUAAAAUCGAAUCACAAUUUAACAUUAUAAUUAACACACAACAACAAAAUGGCGUCGUUCGAAAGCUACACACAGACAGACACUGACACAAAAACACACACACACACUUACACACAUGCACUUUACAUGCGUUUGCGUUACGUCAACAUCAUCAACAAACAACAACAACAAGAACAAUUGUUAUAAACUUGUGGAAGAUUAGAAAAAAAAAUUAGGUUAAAUAAUGGUUUAGUUGCAUCUAAAAACACCAAAAUUUUUUCUUAUUUUUUGUAAAGUUUUUCGUGUGUGUUUUUCACUUAAUGAAAAUUAAAUACAAACAAACAAGAGAUACAACAAACAACAAUUAACAAAAACAAAUUGUAAACAAUGUAAUAUGAAAUUAAUAUAAUACUAAUAAAUAUAAAAUUUAAACACACACACACAUCGCAAAUGCAAAUGCAAAAUUUUACAAAACACAUUUUAGUUAAUUAUGUCAAAAAAUAUAUAUUUUAAUAUAGCAACCAAAUGCAACACCUAAACUUUCUUUGGACAAUAUUUCGAACAAGUAUUCAUGUGUGAGGCAGAAAAUAAAAAAAAAAAACAUUAAAAUAUUUAUUGAAAUGUGAAAAAGAAAAAGAUGCGAGACAAAACGUGUAAAAUUAAACCAAAAAUUUAGCAAUUUUAAAUCAAAUUUAUUAAUUUUAGUUAUGCAAAUUUCAGAGAGAAAAAACUUGCACAAGCCAAUGUUUUUACUUUUAUGUUUACUUUUGAUUUUCUAAAAGAGUAAAUAUUAACAAAACAAAACAAAACGACGAAAAAGACAAAAGAACAUUAACAUACUUUUUGUGCUUAAUUUACAAAAGUUUCAAAAGGCAUAAAUUUAUAUGUAUGAGCUGUAAUGUAUUUAAAUUAAAUUAAUAUUAAUUAUAAUUUUACACUAAAUGUAAAAAGCAACAACACUAAAACAACAAACAAAAACAAAAAAGAAAUGAAGAAAAACAAACAAUUAAAACAAUUAUUGCAAAAGCAUAUUAAAUAUAAAACUUAAUUUUUAAGUGCAGCAAAGAACUUGAGACAGGCAUACAUAAAAAAGAAAAAGAAAAUAUAAAAAAUAUUUUUGAGGCGUUUUAAGGUAAACAGAAGAGACAGAGCCAAACAUUUCAGAACUAAAAGUAUACUUGGCGCGACGCAUUAAAUAAAAAAAAAAACAGAA